AUGGGGAACGAGGCGAGCCUGGAAGGAGGCGAAGGGCCGCUGACUGGGCUACCGGAGGGGCUGGCACCUGACGGGAAGGGUGGCUUCGUCCGGGUCCCCGAUGGGACUCCGGUCAGCCCGAGUGAACUCACCGAGGAGGAGAGGAAGCAGCUCGCAGCGGCGAUUUCAAGGGCGCAAAGCAGGCAGCCUGGAGGCGCAGCAGCUGCAAGAAGACCUUCAGAAUCUGAUGCCCAGCAGCGACCCCAGCAGGUAGGGGCCUCCAGAGGCCCAACAGGUCUCAGUAAGAGCCGCACUGUAGACGCCUUCAACCAGGGUCCAACUGGCAAGCCCGCACCGGGCCGCAGCCCCUCCUCCCUCAGCCUUUUUGAAUCCAGAUUCCGGCAGGAGCCAAAAGACACUGCCAGCAAGUCAUCCGGCAUGUUUGGCUCCAGCUUCCUCAGCGGGGCCAACCCCCUUAGUGCAGUGUCAUCUAUGACUUCCUCUGUUUCGUCCUCCAUAUCCUCUAUGGGCGAUGCUGUCAACAUGCCCAAGCUUGGACUAUUUGGGGAUGAGGAGGAGGAAGAGGCAUCUACAACACCUGGAGGAAAACCACCAGGCAAGGGCCCUCAACAAGGGCCAGGUCCAAAGGGACCACAACAGGGAGGUCCCCAGAAACAGGGUCAGGGCUCCCCUGGACAGGGGCCAAGGCCAGGGCAAGGCCCCCCUGGACAGGGGCCAAGGCAAGGGCAAGGGCCCCCUGGACAGGGGCCAAGGCCAGGGCAAGGGCCCCCUGGUCAGGGGCCAAGGCCAGGGCAAGGGUCCCCUGGACAGGGGCCAAAGCCAGGGCAAGGGCCCCCUGGGCAGGGACCCAGGCCCGGUCAGGGACCACCAGGCCAGGGGCCACCAGGUCAGGGGCCCAAAUCAGCUCAGGGUCCUCCUGGCCAAGGACCCCCUGGGCAGGCCCCCAGGCAAGUUCAAGGGGGACAACCAGGCCAAGGACCCCCAGGACAACAGGCACCCAGACCAGGUCAAGGACCUCCGGGUCCACCGGGUCAAGGUGCCAAACAAGGUGGUCCUCCACAGCAAAAAGGUGCCCCCCCACAACAGGGACCUGGGAAGCCUGGACCCAAGCAGCAAGGGCCACCAGGUCCUGGGGCUCGUCCUGGGGACCCAGCUAAGAGUGGAGAGCCUCCAGGUCAGCAGGGGGCCGGAAAGCCUGGAGGUGGACUCUGUCCAUUGUGUAAGACCACCCAGCUGAACACGGGAUCUAAGGACCCGCCUAAUUACAGUAACUGCACUGAGUGUAAGAACCAGGUCUGCAGCCUCUGUGGGUUCAGCCCCCCAGACUCAGCGGGUAAAGAGUGGCUCUGUCUGAACUGCCAGAUGCAACGAGCCAUGGGAGGCAUGGAUCCUCCUGGCAUGACAAAGCCCAAACAAGGCUCUGCCCCACCCUCACCUCAGAGACAGACCCCUGGCAAGCCUGGUAAGCUACUGAUAAAGCAGCAAAGUACCACCGAUCACGGGUUAACGCCACCAACAACACCGAGGCAGAAAUCCCCGGGUUCUACCUCUCCAGGACCACUUUCUCCAAGCUCCUCAGCAGCAGGGUCCCCCAAAAUUGAUCCUAAGACAGGUCGCCCCAUUCAGCAGAAGGCCAGUCCUCAGCAGUCUCCAGCUAAAGCCAAACAGGAGUCCAGUUUCUUUGGGGGGUUAGGAGGUAUCAGUCUGGGAGGCUUGACAGAUGCAGCCAAACCUGCUGCGGCUUCUUCACAAGCUUCAGAGUCCGUUACGGGGAAACUGUUUGGCGGGUUUGGUGGAUUGAUGGAAUCGUCAAAGCCUCAAGCGCAGGCUGCACCAAAGCAGCAGGAGUCAGUGACUGGGAAGUUAUUUGGAGGUUUUGGAGGGUUGACAGAAUCAGCAAAACCUCCCGCUGCUGCCUCUCAAAUGUUCAGCUUUGGAUCAUCCCUCUUGAACUCAGCCAGCAAUCUUGUCACUGGAGAGGAAGGGAAGGAAGCAGAAUCUCCUCCUGGGUCACCGCCAGACUCCGGACCAGGUUCCCCUGCGGAUUCUUGCCCUGACUCCCCCUUCUCUGCUCCUGGGUCACCACCUGAUUCAGAAUCUGCUCCUGACACCCCACCUGCUAAAACCAAGAGAGCCCCUAGGACCUUUUCUGUAGAGAAGGAGGAAAAGGCCCCGGCAGCUGAACCUGCUCCUGCUUCAGUCCCCAUACCCAAGGGAAGCUGCCCUCUCUGUAAUGUGGAGCUGAACGUGGGAUCAGCAGACACACCCAACUACAGCCUCUGCACCGAGUGCAAGAAAAAAGUGUGCAAUCUGUGUGGAUUUAAUCCUACUCCGCAUUUAGGAGAGAAAGAAUGGCUUUGCCUCAACUGUCAGACCCAACGAGCCAUGUCGGGUCAGCUCGGAGACAUGCCGCCUCCAGCCAUGGCUUCCCCAAAGAAGCCACCGCCUGGACCUGCUCCUGCCCCCUCCUCCACCCCUGCCCCUGCUGCUGUAGAUAGCAAACCUGUAGUAGAAGCAGCAAACCUACCCUCACCUGCUCCUGAGACCAAGGUCAAAACGGUUGAGACUCUGAAAGAGCCUGGAGAGAAAGAAAUGGCUGCUAGGGAGGGCAGUCCCACCAGCCCCUCAGACCUGGCAAAGCUGGAAAGCACAGUACUUCCCAUUCUUGAGGCCCAGCCAAGCACACAACCAAAGGAUGAUGAGGAGAAACUAACAGAUACAUUAAAGACCAGACGUAAAUUAGAGGUGCUUCCUCUUUCACCUGACUCACCAAGUUCAGAAGAUGACAGAGAACUUUGUGAGAAGAAUGCCAAAGGUAUCACAAAGAAAAAGCUCCUUGUGCCCAUGGAUAUAAGGGCAGAUUCACUGGAUGAUAGCAGUGAAAGCUUUGGAAAAGAAAGCCCUAUGUCAGGGGAUGAUGAGGAAUUUAUCCGGAAACAAAUAAUUGAAAUGAGUGAGAAUGAGGAUGCUUCUCCAUCUGAUGAGGAAAACCUAAUCCGGCGAAAGAUCAGAGAGGAUGAGAAGAAAAAAAUGGAACAGGAGAAAACAGAGGUUGUAGAGAGGACAACAUCAGGAAAAGCCAGACGACUUACCAAGAAAAGCACUAUAAGUCCAGAUGAUGAAGAAGAUAAACAACUUUACAGUUCAUUGGAUAGAUCUGCAAAAGACAAAGAGGGGGUACCAGAACCAAGAGAGGAGGAACGUCAGAGUGGUACUGGAGUUCGCAAAUUCCAAACUAUGGAGCUGAAUGCAACCAGCAGCCCUAUGCAUGUACCCAAUGAUGAUGGAGAGCCUGAGAUGGAAAGCCUUACAGACUCGCCAGAUGAUCGGUCUAGAGGUGAGGGGUCAUCCAGUCUACAUGCAUCCAGCUUUACACCUGGGACAUCCCCAACAUCCCUCUCAUCUCUGGAUGAAGACAGUGACAGUAGUCCCAGCCACAUUCGCUCUGGUGAGGGUAAACAACACAGGAAAGCCAAACACAGACAACCUGGCCAAAUGCUGCCAACUAUUGAAGACUCAUCUGAGGAAGAAGAGUUACGGGAAGAAGAGGAACUGCUCAGGGAGCAAGAAAAGCAGAAGGGCUCAGGGAAAAAAUCAAAGAAAGAUAAAGAAGAGAUUAGAGCCCAGAGAAGGCGAGAACGUCCAAAGACACCACCAAGCAAUCUUUCCCCUAUUGAAGAUGCCUCACCAACUGAAGAACUGAGGCAGGAAGCUGAAAUGGAGGAGAUCAGACGAUCAUCUUGCUCUGAUUUCUCCCCCAGUAUUGAAUCAGAUCCUGAAGGUUUUGAAAUCUAUGCCGCAAAGAUUGCAGAAGUCCAGAAAACAUAUAAACUGCCUACAUCAGUAUCUCUUCACUCCCCAACAGAUAAUCAAAAUACUGAUAAAGCACACACAAAAGCUCUCAAAUCUGCUGAUGAGGCUUAUGAGGAAAUAUUGCUGAAGGCUAAGUCUCCAACAGCUGACAAAGGCGAGAUUCAACUGGGAAAAGAGUCCCUUUAUGGAGGCAUGCUUAUUGAAGAUUAUGCCUAUGCAUCUCUUAUUGACAAUUCAACAGCUGAUAUAGGGGAGCCAGAGAAGAUUGGUGUUCCUGGUCAGCCCAAAAUCCUGAGAUCACCAGAUGAAGUGUAUGAAGACAUGAUAAAGAAGAGGAAGGAAUUCAUGCAGCUAGAGCAAGAAUAUCAACAAAUCCAGCCAAAGAUAGAAAGCACUAACCCAGAAAUUGUCUUGCAACCUGCUGAGAUUACCUUCUCCAAAGUUUGUACAAUAACAUUAGGCAAAGAUGGGAAGCCAUUGUUGGAUGCUGAAACUGCCUAUGAAGAGCUAAUGAAAAGAGUGCUGACUCCUGGAACAAGUCCUACUCAGCAGGACCCAGAAAUAGAGGCAACUGCAUCUAGAAGGGCGCUCCACCCGAUUCCAGAUUUAAGGGUGACGCAAUGCUCUUCAGGAGAGUUGUCCUCUGAUGACGAGAGUAUGUUUAAAAAGGAAGAGGAGAUAUCCGCAGUAUCAGACACGACGUCAACUAUGGAAAGCAAAGCUGUGACAGCAUUUUCAGAUCAGCAAACUCACACCACCAUUGCAGCAUCCGAGGCUGAUGUUGUUGACUUAUCAAGUGCAUUCCCAAAAACAUCAGCCCCUGUGAUUGUCAGUGUGUCGCCCUUACCCACAGUUCCGCAGUACACUCCCAGUAUACCUAGCAUUGUGUCAACUGCCCCACCCGUGCCCCCUAAGCCAAGCGUCCUGCGUAUGGCUAAUUCUCAGGAAACAGCAGAAGUACCUGUUGCACCACCACUGCCUCCUCCCACCCCACCAAAACCUACUGUUUUCCCCAGGAAGGCUCCAGUUCCACUUCCGUCUCAGGCUGCAGCAACUCCAAUCAGACCAGAGACAAUGGCUAUGACUAUAUCCCAAGGAUCACCUACAAGACAAGCAGUUACACCAACAUACAAACCUCAUGUCCCCCCUCCUGUUCCCCCAAAGCCAUCAAUUCCUGCUGGUAUUGGGGAUAGCCACAGACCAGGACAUGGUGUCAAACCUCCAAUUGCACCUAAGCCUGGUUCCCAGCCGUCUUCACCUGCCCAUGUCCCACAUCCACCGAGACCCACUGCACUUCCCACUGGUUCUACUGACAUAGCCCUGAAUCUGAGCCCCUCUUCUGAGAGCAAGCCAUUUCAACCCUCACCAAAGUCUCCCUCUUCUCCAAGAUAUGCCAGCAAUCUUCGUGAUACAUAUGUGGUCAUUACACUCCCAUCACAGCCCAGCUCUCCAGUAGAUGGUAUCUCAACUCAAGCUCCUACUAGCCCUGGCCCGGCAUCUCCCUCACGUCAAGCUCAGCCCAAAAGUUAUCACCAACCACAGCCUCAGCCUCAAUCACUUCUACAGCAGCAUCCACAACCUACUCCUCCUCAAACAACCAGGGUGCCUCUGGCAUUCACGCGAGUGACAGAAUCCAUUGAGAGUCAAGAGAUUUGUGGCCCAGAAAAACACGUAUCUAGUUCUUGUCACAUAAUUGAGGCUAUAUCUGCCUCAGCACAGCCAUCUGUGGUUAUGCCUAACCUCAUCUCUCAAGUGGUCACUACAGAAGUCCAAAGAACCACUGUCUCUGUUGUACAUGAAAGGACACCACCACCAGUGCCAGCUCCAAGGGCAAAUGGUGUCCCAAUCUCAUUGGAGAAAACUAAACCCCAAUUGCCAGUACAGAAUGGACAGGCCGUCCAACCUUGUGAGGUGGUAGAUCUUAGGACUUUGAAGGUGGACCCAGAAUCAGGCAUGAAUGGUGUGGAUCUGUCAUCUGGUCCAGACUCAAGACAUCAGUCCUUUGCAACUGAUGUCAGUCGUCAGAACAGUGCAGUGCAGUCAUCUGUGGUCAACCUUAGUACUGAAUCAUCCACUGUCUCUAUUGUAACUGAUAGCAUCACCAUCGUGACCUGUGCUGCCACAAUCCAGCAAUCUGAUAAUGUAGACACCUACCAAGCAUCUUCAGUGCCCCUUCAGCUUACAAAAAACAAAGCAUUUGAACCUGUUUCUCAAAUUAUAUAUCGCCCUAUUGAUUCUCAACCCUCCACUAAUGCUGGUACAGAGAUCCCCAUUAACCUCUCAGUUGGGUCAAGCACGGGUGGUGGAGUUUUCCAGUCCGUCCCUGUCACUAUUGCACCCACUUCUGUUGCAGGUUGCGUCGCCAAUGGAUUAACUACAGGAACAACCUUAGUGGCAGGAGCUGUUGACCUAAGCACAACAAAACCAUUCAACACUCUAGUGUCUAUGGAUGCUGCUUCUGCGGAAGUGGUCACAGCUGUAAUCACAGAUGAUGAUGGCAAACCAGUCGAUCUGACUGCAGGAAAAAGAGCUGUAUGCUGUGAUGUUGUGUACAAGCUACCAUUUGCAGGAAGCUGCACUACUCAGCAACCCACCACGCCCCUGCCUGAAGAUCGCUUUGGAUAUCGUGAUGACCAUUACCAGUAUGACCGCUCCCCUUAUGGCAUGAGAGGGUUUGGUGGAAUUAAACCGUCAAUGUCUGACACUAAUCUAGCAGAAGCUGGCCUGUUCUUUUACAAGAGUAAGAACAGCUAUAACUUCAGUGGCACCACAGAGGGUGCAGUAGAUCUUACCUCAGCAAAGAUUUCUGAUGCAGGUGAAGCAGUUGACUACUCCAAGAAAGGGACAUACGCAGGAAUGACAAUUCCACCCUAUUCCCAAGCCAGAGUCACAAGUGCUGUUGGUACACUCUUUGGUACAAGCAGUGUCUUAAGGUCAUCAAAUGGGGUGGUCUAUUCCUCUGUUGCAGCACCAAUUCCAUCUACAUAUGCCAUUACCACCCAACCUGGUUCCAUCUUUAGUACAACAUACAACACACUGUCAGGUAUGCAUACCAGCGACACCAUGCCUUCACUGUCCAACCUCCAGAACUUGCCACUGACACGGUCCCAUAGUUUCCUGUCUACCAUCUCCAUUACUGCAGUAGAAGAACAAGGAGAUGCCCCGCUCAAUCUGGAGAUAUCUAGAGCAGUUACUUCUGCUGAAGCUGUCAACACAGCAACACCCUCUUUAUCUCUUGACAGCUACACUGAUGCCUCACUGGAGGCCAUAGCUGCUUCACUGGAGGCUCUUUCCUCACCCAUGGUUCCUGGGGAUGGCCAGUAUCAGGUAGAGCGUGAAAGGCUAGAGAUGGAAAAACUCAAGCAACAACGACUUGCUGAGGAAUUAGAGUGGGAGCGUCAUGAGAUUCAGCGGUUCCGUGAGCAAGAACAGCUCCUGGUACAGAAGGAACUUGAGGAGCUGCAAGCCAUGAAGCAGCAUAUCCUGACCCAACAAGAAGAAGAAAGACAGGCUCACCUUAUGAUGCAGAAAGAAACAUAUGCUCAGCAACAGCAACAGCUUGAGCAGAUUCAGAGACUCCAAGAGCAACUCCGUCUGCAACUGGAAGAGCAAAAGCUUCGUCAGAUGUACCCAGGUGGAGACAUGCCAGGGCAUGGCUUGCAGGAGGCAGUUGUUUUAGGACCUGAUGGCACAGUCCUGUCUCGAAAGAUCACAGAUAGUGGGUGCCAGACAGAUGAAGAGGAUGAGACAGUCAGCAAAGCUUAUACAGCAGGGAGAAAAAAGAGAAGUGCUAAAAAGAGUGUUGACAGUUGUGUGCAGACUGAUGAUGAAGAUCAAGAUGAAUGGGAGGCUCAAACUAGAAGCAGGCAAAGCCGGCCACGCACUGCCAGGGGAGAUAGGGGAGGGCAAUCAGAAGUGUCUCUUCAAGCCCACACUGAAAUUUCUAUACAAACUGAUACAGAUGGGAACAUUAGAAUGGACACUAGAAUGGAGCUGUCUGACUCUGAAAGGACUUCACCAAAGAAACGACCCACCCCCUUAGAAAUAGGCCAGUCUCCUAACCUUAAAGCUGAGUCCUCUACGCUUCAAGCCCCUCCUAAAUCUCCCAAUGUGCUCUAUUCCCCCAUAUCCCCCUGUAUAUCCCCUAGCAAAUCCCUUGAGUUUGUAUCCUAUGAGAAAUCCCUGGGUGAUACAAGCCCACAAAAGCUAAGAGGAAGUGCGGAUUCAUCGAAAGCCUCUCCAGCUAGUCCCAGGGGACCAAAAGCCAUGCAGAGAUCCAUGUCUGACCCUAAGCCCAUGAGUCCAACAGGAGAAGAAAAGGCAACAUCUGGCACACAGCAUGGUGAUAGCUAUACUGGGAAGGGCUCGGGUGGCACACCAACAGGCACUCAAAAGAAGGUGAAGAGGACUCUCCCCAAUCCACCCUCAGAGGAUGAGUCAACAACUAGUGGCCAGACAUCAUAUAGCACCAGUUCUGCCCGCCGCAGAAUGUGCCGCAAUUCUAACAUGGCACGUGCUAAGAUCCUCCAAGACAUUGAUCGUGAGUUGGAUCUGGUGGAACGUGAGUCCUCGAAACUUCGCAAAAGACAAGCAGAGCUUGAUGAGGAGGAGAAAGAGAUUGAUGCCAAGCUUAGAUACUUGGAGAUGGGCAUUAAUCGUAGAAAAGAUGUCCUACUGAAGGAGAGAGAGAAGAGAGAAAGGGCCUAUUUACAGAGUGUUGCUGAGGACAGAGACUACAUGUCAGACAGUGAGGUUAGUAAUAUCAGAGAGACUAGAGGUGGGCGUGGAGGUGGUGAAGAUGAGGAGAUUGAAAGUCAUGGUCUUGAACGUCCCAGGACAGCUCCUCAGACUGAAUUGGAUGACUUUGUCCCACCUCAGACCAAGCAUGAGUAUGGAAAAUACUCCCAGUACCAAUACCCUCAAAGCCAGUACCAGUCUCUCUAUCAGACUCCCCAGUCCUACCAGUCUCAUUCUAUCUACUCCUCUGUCCCCUCACUCACUAGCUCCCAGCAGCAGAGUUACCACCAGAUGCUCCUGUUGCAGCAGAAAGCUGCCAGACAAGCAGCCCUCCUUUCAGAGCUGGAUGCAACUAAAUAUGAAGUCAUUAGCCGCCAGCCUGAUCCCACAUCAUCAGCUUACCUAGGAGUCAAAUAUGACAAAUAUGGCAACCACCUUGAUCUCAGAGCUUUGGAGGUAGGAAGUAUAGCAAGCAGUCCUAUUUCAGCUGUCUCUGAUUCCUUUUACACAGAUGUUGAUCACCAUACACCUCGGAGUUAUAUGCUGCUGGAAGAGGCAGCAGAAUUGGCGAAGAGCUCCACAGGUCUGUCUUCAUCUUAUAGUCUGGCUGAGCGAGAACUGGCCAAGGCAGAGAAGCUGCUGCGCAGGAGUGCUGCAGAUCUGGGUUCUACUGACUAUCUGGGAUCUACCUCCAGACUCCAUACUUUUGGAAAGACCCCUGAUGAAGAGGAUACAAUGGAGGAGCCCUAUGAACUGAAACUCCUGAAGCAGCAACUCAAGCAAGAGUUUAGGAGAAGUACAGGUGGGACAGAAAACCUAGAACAACUGACAGGUCUCUCCCAGCACUAUUAUACCCCAAGCUCUGGCAUCUCUAGUUACUCCCAAAGACAGUAUCCAAAGUCAGACAAGUAUAGCAUCAGUCGACUUACUCUAGAGAAGCAGGCAGCUAAACAACUCCCAGCAUCCAUGUUGUACCAAAAACACAAGACUCCACUAAUAGAUCCUAAAAUCUCCUCUAAGUAUUCCUCUGUUACCGACAGCAGGGGUUUGGAGACAGACUAUACCAAUUAUCUGGGGUCUACCAGUGGAUCCGCAAGAUCCAGCCGACUCAUGCAGGAUGAGAUUACAUUUGGUCUUCGAAAGAAUAUUGCAGAGCAGCAAAAAUACUUAGGAUCCACCUUGGGUGCCAACUUGGCUGGUUCGCUAAACUUGGGCCAGAGCUUGGGUUUGGACUCUGCCUAUCCUAGUGGUAGUCGCUCAAGACCCUCAUCCAGGCCUACAUCUUGCUAUGGCCUGGACCUGUCUAUCAAGAGAGACCCUUCCAGCUCUUCCCUGAGGCUCAAAGGGGACGGUGAAACGUCUGGAGAUGGACCAAGUUAUCAAACCCCUUCUGGUCGCACCAAACCUACCAGCCUCCCUAUUGUACAAAGUGGCCGUGGCCGAAUACCAAUAGUAGCUCAGAACUCAGAGGAAGAGAGUCCGUUGAGCCCUGUUGGGCAGCCAAUGGGCAUGGCCCGUGCAUCAGCAGGACCUCUGCCACCCAUCUCAGCUGAUUCAAGGGACCAGUUUGGUUCCUGUCUAUCCUUACAGGAAUCCCAGCAGCAGCAUAUCAGGGAUGAGCCAACCAGGGGUAGGGGUUAUGUGCUGCUGGAUGACCUUCAGGGCACCAUGUCAGAUAGUGAAGCCCUAAGUGAUUCCUUGAUGGCUUUGAACAGAGACGAUGCAACAAAUGCCUACCACCUGAGACGAGAAGAGACAGACUGGUUUGAUAAACCCAGAGAUGGACGAUCAGAGAACGGACAAGAAAAAAGACAGGGUAAAGGCCCGUACUACCCCUUCCCUCACCUCAGGGUCAAACUGCAGAGGGAUCCCAAAGACCGCAGUGUCUCAGGAAAUGGUCUGGGUAUCCGUGUAGUUGGAGGGAAAGAGGUCCCUGGCAGUAAUGGAGACAUUGGAGCCUACGUUGCCAAAGUCCUACCUGGUGGAGCUGCAGAACAAACAGGAAAGAUUCUUGAGGGAAUGCAAGUUCUGGAGUGGAAUGGUGUUCUUCUGACGGGGAAAACCUACGAGGAAGUGCAAGGGCUCGUCGGACAUUCAUGUAGUGAGGCAGAAGUGUGUGUCAGACUUGAUCUCAACAUGCUGGCUGAAUCUGAAGGUUCCCAGCAUCUGGAUUUCCAGGAGCACAGCAAAGGUGACAGACCUCCCAGGUCUCCAGGUGUUGACCCCAAGCAGCUGGCGGCUGAGCUGCAGAAGGUGUCACAACAGCAGGCUCCUUCAUCCACCUCUUCCUCCACCCUGCCUGCCACAACCUCAGCGACCUCCAGCCCUGGGCAGCCUGGGUCACCGUCUGUUGGCAGGAAACGCCACAGCAGCAAGACUGCAGAGGGAAUAAAGACCCUCUCCCAUCCUAUCUCUGGAGAGAUACAGCUUCAAAUCCACUACGACAAGCAGCUGGGCAACUUGAUCGUUCAUGUCCUGCAGGCCAGAAACCUUGCCCCGCGGGACAACAAUGGCUACUCUGACCCAUUUGUUAAAGUGUAUCUCCUACCAGGGAGAGGUCAGGUCAUGGUUGUCCAGAACGCCAGUGCUGAAAACAAGAGGAGAUCCAAACACGCGGGCAAGAGUCUCAACCCUGAGUGGAACCAGACUGUCAUCUAUAAGAAUAUCCACUUGGAACAGCUGAGGAAGAAGACCCUGGAGGUGAGCGUGUGGGACUAUGACAAGUGCUCCUCAAAUGAUUUCUUAGGAGAGGUUCUUAUUGACCUGUCUAACACCGCUCAACUGGACAAUGUCCCACGGUGGCUCCCACUGAAGGAGCAGAGUGAGGGGGACCACCAUCGGCGCCAGAGCCGACACAGUUCCUCUAAACCUUCCUCACAGCACUCCUCCCCUAAAACCACUGGCUCCUCUCAUGAUAACCAAGAUUCCCCCAAAUCAUCUGUGAUAAAGAGCCGAAGCCACGGGAUCUUUCCAGAUCCGGGAAAGGGCCGCCUCUCACUGAGGCACCAGAGACACAGCGUAGUAGGUGUGCUCACCAUUCAGAGAGCCCAGUCUGACUGGCUGCCUGCCCUGCCAUCGGUUGUGUCGGCCAAAGGGAGCAGAGCAGACGGCAGACACCUGACCCUCAGGAAAGCCGUGUCAGAAGAGAGGCCACAGAGCAUCGGAGCUCGGUCAAGCUACAGAUCAGGUGAUGCCCCCGUCACAGCAGCCUCACUGGACAGCGGCCUGAGUGGCAGCGCCUACAGCCUAUUGGAUGAGGAAGGAGAGACAAACGAGGUGGACAGUGCCAUCUUCCAGGUGCCCCGAUUUGGAAAGAUCCCAAAUGGCACAGACGUGAUGAAAUCAUCAAUGGGACACGGUGACGCUGAAGGUAAGUCCCAGGUAAUGGGGGAGAUAAAGAUCGCUCUGAAGAAGGAGAUGAAGACGGAGGGUGAGCACCUGGUCCUCGAGAUUCUUCAAUGUCGCAAUAUCACCUACAAGUUCAAGAGUCCAGACCACCUGCCUGAUCUUUAUGUGAAGCUUUAUGUGGUGAACAUCGCAACCCAGAAAAGGAUUAUCAAGAAAAAGACCAGAGUAUGUCGUCAUGACCGUGAACCAUCUUUCAAUGAAACCUUCCGCUUCUGCAUGAACCCAACUGGACACUCUUUACAGUUGUUCCUGGUGUCCAACGGGGGAAAGUUUGUAAAGAAGACGUUGAUCGGUGAGGCCUAUGUGUGGCUGGACAAAGUCGACCUACGCAAGCGAGUGGUGAGCUGGCACAAGCUGCUCGCCAGCACCGCUCAGAUCCACUCAUAA